AUGGCAAAUACUAAACAAAAUAUGAGACCAUUAAGGCCUAACUUUAAUAUAAAAAAUACUUCUUAAGUUUCAGAAUAGGAGCCUCCAUAACCAACUCUUGAAAAUAAAGAGUAGAAAGCUCCUGAACCAAAAAUUAAUUUAAGACCUUUCGUACGUCCGCCUAGUUCAAAAAAAGAUGAUGUUCAACAAUCGUAAUAGUUUUAAGAAUCAAUAAUGGAUUAGAAAGUGGAUGAGUAAAAAAACACAUAACAAAGUAACAGAUUCCACUUACAUUUAAAGGAAGAACACCAGUAAAUGGAUUUAGAAAAUUUAAUCUACAAAGUGCUGCACCUAUCUAAUAAAAUGAAGAGAUUUUAAAUGCGGCUUAGUAAUAUUAAGGACCAGCCAUUAAUCUAUUUGCUAAUAAAGAAAAAAUUUAAUAAGAAGUUAGUCAAAUCAAAUAAAAAGAAUUAAGACAAAUGGUACAAGUGCAAAUGAAACAAAGACCUUUAAAUGCACCUGAAAUGAAUUUAUUUUCUGGAAAAGAAUCUGUUGAUGGUUCAGAUACAUUUAAGAAGAUGAAACCUAUAAAACCAACAAAUAAAUAAGAGCCAAUCACAAAAGACACUAUAAAAGUAGCAGAGUUAUUGGAAAACAAGAUUCAAUUUUAGGCUCCUUAAGAAGAGCAAUAAAUUGAAACUAAAAAGAUUCCUAGAACAAGAGUUAAGUAAGCAGUUUAGGAAUAGAUUGAUAUAGAAUAGUUGAAUAAUAAUUAGUAAUAAAAUACAAAACAAUAAGGUGAAGAAACUAAGAUGGAUAAGACUUAGAAAGAGAUGAAUAAAACUAUAAGUAAGAAAACUGGAAAGUCUAAUUAGAUUUCAUAGUAAUCAUAAUAAUUAAAUGAAUAACCUGAGGAAACUAAUAAAUAAUUAGUAUAAACAAAAGAAGUAAUGUAGAAUCCAUAAUAAACAGUUACUACAAUAGAUGAUUACAAAGAGAGAGUAAAAUAAUAUAUUAAUUAUUAAAUAGACAAUUUAAUUUAAUACUAGUACUACAAAAAAUGUAUUUUAAGGUAAGACAGAGGAAUAAAAGAAAAGAGUAAAGGAAUUAUAAUAAUUAAUUACUUUAGAAGUUGAUGAUUAUAGCAAUUAAUUAGUGAUUUAACCUAGAAGUAAGAAAAUUAAAAUUAUUCUUAAUAGCUGAAUAUGAAACAUAUCUCAAUCAUAUUAAAGCUAAUAUAAUUAGAAAUUCAUGUGAUUAGGCAUUUGAUGAUAGAUUAACAGUGGAUACUUAAACAGAUGAAUUUUAAACAAAUGAUUUUGGUGGAUAAUGUCCAGAAGAUUAUAAUAGAACAUUUCUUGCUCAUAAACAAUAAUAUCAAAAAGAUAAUCGUUUAUGUGAAUUUAUUGAAUAGGCUUGUGAUAUAUUUGAAGAAAUUCUUAAUGUAGAUAAUAAUAGAAAUUAGAUUAAAUUUGAUUAAGAAUAGUUAAAUCAUAAAUUUCCUAAUAAAAUAAAUAAUGUUUUUAAAACUAAAUGUUUAAAUAUUGUAGCUCAUUAAAUAAAUAAUAAUUAAUUAGAAUUAUUUGAAACUUAUUAUAUUGAAAAUGAUAAAUUUAAAUGGCUUAAUGGUUCAUUAAUAAUUUAAUAUCCUUAAAAUGUAUUAUAUUAUACACCUUCAAAAGUAACAUGUUUGAUUUGUGAAUAAAAUUUAUUGAUUUGUGGAAAUGCAGAUGGAUAAUUAUGUGGAUGGAGUAUAAAUGAUAUUGGUUAUAACAAUAAAUAUAUUGAUAAAAUAAAAGAAUUAUUGUAAAAUGAAUUUAAAGUUAAAAGUAUAAAUUUUGCUUCAGAAUGGAAUUUAUCUAUUUUAGAUUAAUUUAGUGAUGCAAAUAUGAACUAAUUAUCAUAAAUACAAUAAAUAACCCAUAAUUCAUUAAUCAAAUUGAUUUUUGAAAUAGUUGUAAUGGAUGUAUUUGGAAAUAUAUAAGUUUGGGAGAUUUAAGAUUUAAAAUAUAAUGAAUAAGAAAAAUUAUAUGUAGAUUUAGGAAUUAAGUCAAAAAAGAAAUUAGUAUUAUUAAAUACAAUAAAUAAAAAUUUGACUAAAAUUUAUAGUUGUAUGAGUAUGGAUAUAGAUACGUAAUAUGAAUAAUUUAAUUUAUAGUAUUCUCAUUUGUGGACCUUCAAAAGUUAUUAAUAUUUCUCAACAAAGAUCAUAUUAUGAUGAUUCAGAUAUGCAACCUUGUAUUAUUAGUAAUAUCUAUUAUGAUUAUUUUUGUGUUGGUUAUAGUGAUGGUCAUAUACAGUAAUAUAUAUAUAUAUAUAUUAUAGAUUAUUUCAUAAAGACUUUACAAAAUCAAUUUGGUAAUUGAGAAUUGGAUUAAAGAAAAUAAUAUGGAUUAGAAUACUUUGUGAUGGUUUGAUUGGCAUUAUAGAUAGUGAAUAGAAUAUAUAUGUAUAUUGUGUUUAAGAUAAUACCCAAAUGAUUGGUAAAUAAUUAAAUGAUAAAGAUCAUUGGAGAUACAAUUAUGCUUAGUAUGUAUUUGUUAUUACUUUAAGCUAAAAUGGUUAAGAAUUGACAAUAGUUGGAAAAGAUAAAAAUAAUGAUUUGCAAUUGAUUAAAGAAAGAUUAGAAUUAAAGGGAACCAAAAGUGAGAUAUUCGAUAACAUUUAUUUGGAUUAUUAUGGAUAAUGA